AUGGAGAUUUCACUUGAAGACGAUAGCGGCACCUCAUCGCCCAACUUUGAGUACAAGGGUGCUCAUCAAGCCUUCAGGGAUCGCUGGAAGGAGACCGAUGACACCAUGUGCCGCCACAGCAUGUCCUUCCACCUGCACCACACGCUGAGGAGCGAGUUCUUCGCCAGCUACCUGUACCUGCUGGAGAAGGUUCCUCUGGUGAAGCUGUUCCCGGUCACCUGUGAGUACAUCAAAGGAGAGAAACAGUUUUACUACCGAGCUCAGCAGUUCUAUGAGGACGUGCCUGCUUCAGAGGAGGGCAUGAUGGGAGAUUUUGUGGAGAUUUCCAACAUUGAUCUGGAGGGCUCCCGGCAAUUUCUGAAGAGGUUUGUGGGUCCUGGUAAGGCCGGCACACACUGUGCCCUGGACUGUGGCUCCGGGAUCGGGCGUGUGAGCAAAGGUGUCCUCCUUCCUGUGUUUGAGAAAAUGGAGAUGGCGGACAUGAUGGAGCACUUCCUGCUCCACGCGCACGAAGAGUACCUGGGCGACGACGCCGAUCGCAUUGAGACCUACUACUGCUACAACCUGCAAGAACUCACGCCUCCGAAAAACAAGUACGACGUGAUCUGGAUGCAGUGGGUGGCAUGUCACCUAACAGACAAGGACCUGAUGAACUUCCUGUUUCGAUGUAAGAAGAGCCUUCGUCCAAAUGGAGUCAUCAUAAUGAAGGAAAACAUGGCGCGGCAGGGCUGCAAGCUGGACCCCAUCGACAGCAGCAUCAGCCGCCACCUGGACAUCAUGCAGAGCAUCAUUGCCAAGGCCGGCUUAGAGGUCCUGGCUGUGGAGAAACAGGAAGGCUUCCCUGAGGUCAUCAUGCCGGUCUGGAUGAUCGCUAUGAAAUAG